AUGGACAUUUUGUCUAGUACCUUUUAAUUAAUGUUAACCCAAAACAAGUGUCACGAAAUUGUUACAAUAAAACCGCAUACAAAAAAAAAAAAAAAUCAACAACAUCAACAUCCGUGCAACCGAGGCCCAGAGCAUGAAAACGAGACUGACAUUUGUCAAACUCCGCAACAUGCCUCUAUACCCCAGCGAAGAAGCACUCGUCAGAGUGCUUAACCAAAGUAUGGCUGCUUUUGGAAAGGUCAAGAACGUUUCCAUCUACAAAAAUGUGGUAGGCAAUGGAAAAUUCCAAUGCUAUGGUGGAGAAGGAUUUAUCCUUCUCGAUACCACCAAUGCCAACGAAACAACCUACCAAGAACUUAAGCCAUUCAUCUACAUACCUGAAUGGCAAACAACCAUCCAAGCCAGGUGGGACAAUGCCCCUCCGGCUUGUAACUACUGCAAACAAAGCGGUCACCUCAUUAAGGACUGCAAUGUGAAGCUUAACUCAGCAAUGGGUUUGCGCACAUGUUAUCGCUGCAAACAAGCUGGCCACGAUAGCAAAGAUUGCGCUAAUAUAAACACACAUUCAAACCAACCUUCAUCCCAAUCAAUGACGACUCAAGAGACGGUGCCCACUCCGGAGUUUGAAAGCCAGCUCUUCAAUACGGAAUCGGAAACUCCAUCCGAUCUCCUCAUCAGAGACGACGGGCCAUUGCUGACACAAAGCCAGCCCACUGCCUCCGAAAAGAACGUCCCUAAAAAAAAUCAAAAAAACAAAUCUUACAACAAACCCAACGGAACGAUCGCUGACUACGCUGAGGCAAAAACAGAUGAUGAAGACGGGGACUAUGAGCCCACGGACGAGGACAUGAAUACCGAUUCGGAUGAGGCCUCCUCAGAAGUAGACAAAGCUGAUAAUCAUAUAUCAGACUCCGAAGCGGAUGACAUCGAGUUGAUUAAGAUAAUGAAUUAUCCCAAAUCAACCUCAUCACUCGACUCGAUCCACGCUCAAGCGCAGAGAUCGUUUAGAUACCAAACAAGCUCGCGUAGUACAACAUCUACACAAAGUACUAACCCAUCCACAGAAACAACAAUGUCAACUCAACAUAUGAUACCCGAAUCAGUCACAGACUCGGAGGACACAACCAUGGAUAUUUUAUGA